UCACAAUUUUUGGAAAAAACUAUUUUAUUGGCUGAACCUGUCGUAAAACUUACUGCAAUAUUCUGAUGUCGCCUCGCUACAAAAUACAGAACAAAUCCAUAGUACGGCCACCCUGAAUAAACCCUCUGAAUGCUGAAUCAUGUUAAUGAUCAACAAGGUGGACCUUGUUCAUCAUUAAACCAUUCCAUAUGAAAAUCCCCAUUGCAUAGUACUUCCUUGUACUACUUUAAUACAGCAAAAUGAUCCUGAAAUUAUCAAAGGGAAAUUGAAGUGAGUGAGUCCCUCUUUUCUCGUUAUACUUGAUGAAACUGCAGAUGAAAUGGAAAUAACUGUGAUACACUUAAUCAUCCUGGGAGUCAUCACAGGUUUAACCAAAGGAGCUGGUUUGUUACCAGACGGUCCUCUGAAUGCAGCUGUGGGAGGGACGGUGAUGUUCACCACAACACUGACUCCAGCAGAGAAACCCUUUAUAACAGCAGCCUGGAACUUUGGUGACAGAUUCAUAAUCACUUCAAAUGUUGGAAACAUAACUGGACCAGAGUAUGAAGGCAGGAUCACCUUUUUCACAUCUACUGCAUCUCUGGAGCUCAGGAAUCUGACUCUUAAUGACAGUGGAGAAUACAGAGUUACCGUUACACCACAGGGAGAAGCACAAAAGCAUGGAACCACCAGACUGUCUGUACAUGAGCCAGUUUUUAAUGUAAUAGUAAAUGCCAGCAGCACAGACUUGGUGGAGUUCAGCAGCUCUGUCCAUCUGUCCUGCUCCUCCUCUGGAUCCUCCCUCUCUUUCCUCUGGCUGAACAGCAGCUCUGAGGUUACAGCCAGCGACAGAGUUCAGCUCACUGAUGGAGGCUCCACUCUCACUAUAGUCAAUGUGACCCGCUAUGACCAGGGACCAUUCAGGUGUCGUGUGUUCAAUCCUGUCAGUAAUGGCACCAGUGAUCCUGUAAACCUAACCAUCAGCUAUGGCCCAGAAAAUAUUAAUUUAAAGUUUUCUCCAACACAAAAAUAUUAUGAGGAAGGUUCAAACAUCAUCCUGUCCUGCUCAGCUGACUCCAGACCUGCUGCCCACUUUAACUGGUUUCUGAAUGCAGACCUGCUUUCUGAUACUGGACCAGAGCUCAGACUGAUGAACAUUCAGGAGAGUCAGAGUGGAAACUACAGCUGUCGGGCCUUUAACAACAAAACGGACAGAUAUGAAACAUCUCAGCUUUCAGUUGUUUUUGUACUGGCAAGUGUUUCCAAUGUUGUGGUAACCUUAAACACUACAGACUUGUUGGAAUUCAACAGUGCUAUGAGUUUGUCCUGCUCCUCGUCUGGAUCUUCCCUCUCUUUCCUCUGGCUGAACGGCAGCUCUGAGGUUACAGCCAGCGACAGAGUUCAGCUCACUGAUGGAGGCUCCACUCUCACUAUAGUUAAUGUGACCCGCUAUGACCAGGGACCAUUCAGGUGUCGUGUGUUCAGUCCUGUCAGUAAUGGUACAAGUGAUCCUGUAAACCUCACCAUCAGCUAUGGCCCAGAAAAUAUUUAUUUCACAAUAUCUCCGACACAAGAAUCCUUUGAAGAAGGAUCAAACAUCAGUCUGUCCUGUUCAGCUGUCUCCAGACCCUCUGCCUUGUUUAACUGGUUCCUGAAUGGAGACCUGCAGUCUGAUACUGGACCAGAGCUCACACUGAUAAACAUUCAGAUGAGUCACAGUGGUAACUACAGCUGCCAGGCCUUUAACAAAAAAACCAUGAGAUAUCAGACUUCUCAGCCAUCAGUUGUCUCUGUACUGGAGAGAAUAUCAGGUGCUUCUGUCAAAUCAUCAACAAACAUGCCGAUUGAGGGGAGCUCUGUCAACCUAACCUGUGACGCAGCUGGCACUGUCUUUACCAGAAAUGGGUGA